AUGGAGUUCGGCCUUGAGGCCCAACCAAUUCCUGAAGAUAGAGCCGAGGGCUCAGGAUCAUCUUCGACAGAUGACGAGGAGUCGGUGGUUGGUCACAUUCCCCCAAUGGACACGGCUCGGGUCAGGGCCGAGACCAUCGCGGAGAGGAGGAGAAAAAAUGCGGAGAAGAAGUCUCAAGGUGAGUCUUCCAAGACGUUGAAGGGCAAGGUUGUGCUGCCGAGCCCAACUGACAUGGUGGUCGACCUCGAGGCCAAGAAGAGCAGAGCCCCGCUGAACCACUCCCGAAGAGGGAAGGGUCGAAAGGAUGAGCUGAGCCCGCCGAGGGACAUCAAACGCCAGAAGCUCUCGGGGUUUUCCAAGGCCGUGGAGACCCUCCUCCGAUUUGAACAGCUUUUGACCGCGAACUCCUCACUUGAGGCUCAGGUCGAGUUGGACAACAAGGACGCUCGCGAGGCUGUCCUGAGGUGUCGAGAGACCGCAACAAAGCUCGACAAAGCUGAGGCCGAGGUCAAGAGCUUGAAGGAGGCAGUGGCAAAGCGGGGGGAAGAGGUUGAGGCCUUGAAGGCUCAGCUCGACCAAGCCAAGAAGAAGGCCAAAGAUGACCUAGCACGGGCUCGAGCCGAGGCUGUUACCGAGUACCUCAUGUCGGAGGAAUACGCCGAGGUGUGCCAUAAAAUGAGGAAGCCGCCGUAUGGCGAGGGUUAUGAGGCUGGUAGGGCCGACCUCUUGAAGGAGAUAAAGGCCGCCUACCCCACCCUCAAUCUUUCCCAAUUUGACAAUGACGCGACCACCGUGGUCAAGGAGUUGGGAGACGAUGCUGGGGUGGAGGUCGACCAGGGGUUUUCCAAGGCCGUGGAGACCCUCCUCCGAUUUGAACAGCUUUUGACCGCGAACUCCUCACUUGAGGCUCAGGUCGAGUUGGACAACAAGGACGCUCGCGAGGCUGUCCUGAGGUGUCGAGAGACCGCAACAAAGCUCGACAAAGCUGAGGCCGAGGUCAAGAGCUUGGAGGAGGCAGUGGCAAAGCGGGGGGAAGAGGUUGAGGCCUUGAAGGCUCAGCUCGACCAAGCCAAGAAGAAGGCCAAAGAUGACCUAGCACGGGCUCGAGCCGAGGCUGUUACCGAGUACCUCAUGUCGGAGGAAUACGCCAAGGUGUGCCAUAAAAUGAGGAAGCCGCCGUAUGGCGAGGGUUAUGAGGCUGGUAGGGCCGACCUCUUGAAGGAGAUAAAGGCCGCCUACCCCACCCUCAAUCUUUCCCAAUUUGACGAUGACGCGACCACCGUGGUCAAGGAGUUGGGAGACGAUGCUGGGGUGGAGGUCGACCAGGUCGGCCUAGCCGUGACCAUUCCCUAG